UUUUUAGAUGAGGAUUUUAAAGGGAUUUUUAAAGGCAUUGCCCGAUUCACGAGUGAAUUAUUUUAACUUUAGCCAGUCCCGGCACCUAGGACAAGCUCCCCAAGGCAAAAAUAUCGAGAACUUGGAAUCGGCUUGGGAGGAGGGUAAGAAGUUAUUUUACCGUCCGUCGUUGAGUUAUCACGAGUUUGCCAAGCGUGUGGAGUGUGUUCGGUUAUUUGUGUUUUGGGGACUUGUAACUGGGCUUGCGCUUGAUUUUGUGUUCCGUCCUUUGAAAAGCGGUUACUGGUUCAGUUGGAACCUGAGGGAGCGGUUUUCAAGGCCUAAAGUCACGACUCUACCACAACUCCAAGAUGAUAACAUGACCGACGCCACUCGAGAAUAUAAUAAAAUUUGUAAUUUUUAAUCUCCGCCACAAUUAA